AUGUCGAAUCCAACUGACCCAUCCCACAACCACAGCAAUGGCAACAAUGGCAACAAUGGCUUUGACGCCCAGACUGACGUUGACAACAACACAUCUGACGUUGAGUCUGACCAUGACUAUUCAGACGAUGAUACAUCCUCUGUCGUUGAACUCGAAGCGGAAGACUUCCCUGGCUAUUUUACUGAGCGCGAUGGCCGUCUUUAUCAUUCCGGGCAAUCACCUUACCCUUUGCCGGUAGAUGCCCCAGAACAAGAGAGACUUAAUUUCCAACACCUACUGUUCAAAGAGUUUUUUCAAGGAAAUUGUGUAGGACCUGAGGUAGAGUUGUUUACCGACCCGCAAAGAACCAUGGCUCUGGAUCUAUGCACAGGGAAAGGAACAUGGUAUCCUUUGGAGAACGUGCAAUUCGAAGUGGACGAUGUGAACAAUGACCUUCGGUGGAACAACGAAACAUUCGACCUUGUGAAUGCUCGCACAAUUGCCAUGGCCGUCCGAGAUUGUCCACGACUCAUUCGAGAAGUCGCUCGCGUGCUCCGUCCCGGGGGUGUAUUUGUAUCCGUUGAAUGGUCGCCUUACCCAGCAGUAGACCUUACGGUCCGUGAGGACUCAGCUUCCUACGCUCCUGCCUCGGCUCGGUUUCACGAAGCCAUCAAUCAGGCGCUGCUCAAUCAUUGUGGUCUUCGACCCAUUGCUGGACAAAUCCACACUCUUCUGGCAAACACCGGGUCCUUUAGGGACAUUGUUUCCUCACCACGUUCAGUCCCAGUAGGAACGUGGUCAAAUUCCCGUGUAAGAGCCAUCGGAGAAUAUUGUCUGGAGAUGAAUACCCGUUAUGCAGACUCCGUCAAGACGCUUCUGAUCGACUCCGGAUGGACAGAAGGCGACGUAGACCGGCUCUGUGAUGAAUAUAUCCGGGAAAUCAGGAGCGGGGACAAGAAGUUGGUCAACAUAUUGUAUAUCGUGCAUGCAAGGAAGGUAUAA